CCGUGACCCCGUUACUUUUCGCGAAUUGUCACGCUCUUCCUUGGUAUUGGGCAGGGUGCCAAACACACGUCCAGCUUCCUAUUGUCCACCAUGGCUGCCUUGAACAAGCUUGCCAUUCGAGGAAUUCGAUCUUUUGAUGACAAGCAAAUAUCUGUCAUUGAAUUCUUCACUCCCGUAACCGUUAUCGUCGGACACAAUGGUAGCGGAAAGACGACAAUUAUCGAAUGUCUUAAGUAUGCCACUACCGGAGACCAACCUCCCAAUACUCGAGGGGGCGCCUUUGUUCAUGAUCCCAAGAUGGCGAACGAGAAAGAAGUGAAGGCACAAGUCAAACUACGAUUCGUCUCUGCGAGUGGGACGCGCAUGCUCGCUGUCAGGAAUCUCAGCGUUACGGCGAAGAAGACGUCGGGUUUGACAAUGAAGACGCUUGAGGGUAUCUUGGCGCUGGCGGAUGGCAAUGCAGAGAAGGGUAGCAAGAGAGGCGUCAUCUCUACGAAAUGCGCUGAACUCGAUACAGAGAUCCCUCAGUUGCUAGGAGUUUCUAAGGCUGUCCUUGAAAAUGUCAUCUUCUGUCACCAAGAAGAUUCUUACUGGCCCUUGGCGGAACCUUCGACGUUAAAGAAGAAAUUUGAUGAUAUUUUUGAGGCUACGAGCUCUGCAGGUACACCAAAGCUCUCGACUCCAUCAAGACUCUACGAAAGGAGCGUGUUGCCGAUCUCAAGGCCGAAAAAGAACAUCUAGAAGGUCUUCGUCGCGAAAAAGGCCACGCGGACAAGCUUCGAAAAACUAUAUCUGAUUUGAAUUCUACGAUUGCUAGCAAGGAGAUUGAGUAUGACGAAACCAAGAAGAAAUAUGAUGAGA